UUGGCAUUUCAUAGAAAACCAUUUUACGGAUCCGGCAACGCUUACACACGAUUUUCAUCAAGUGUGCACCCUUUCUCUUGCUCUUUCCUCCCAAUUCGGCACGGCUCUCUUUCUCCCUUUUCCACACACACACUUUUCACACGCAUUUGACAAAAUAAUAAAAACAAUUUCCGAAUUCUAGUGAAAAGUUUUAUACAUUGCCGUCUGAGAAAGGCUAUGCAAAAAGUUUUCAUUUCGUCCGAAACAAUGUCAAAAUAGUAAAUUAAAUAAUUAAUUGUGAAUUAUUUGUCUGUUCUGGUUUAAAAAUAUGUCGAGAAUCGCAAUCAAAACAGAGAAUCUGGAUGAUGAGCAGGAGGAGAUUGGCAUUGAAAGUAGAGCCGCAGAAGAGGAUGGUGUUGGUCGCCAGGAGCAAGAAAAGGGUACUUCGUCAGCCGAGCUAAGUAAUUUGGUUACGGCAGGUAAACAGCACAUUGAGGUGGGUCGAAAUGUGAACAUGGCGACGCGCCAGCUACAACAAAUUCAGCCGCAACCUACUUCUUUGUUGAAAAUGACUGGCGGAGGAGCCGGUGGUGGAGGCGCCGGGGGCGGCGGUAGUGGUGCGGGUACGGGUGCGGUUGAUAGUAACAGCCGUCUGGUCAACUCCGGCCAUGAUACCAAUAGCACUAAAAAACCUACAUUACCGAAAUCACGCUGCGGAGAAGUCUUUGUAUCCAAUAAUGCACGCCAGUGGACAUUUAUUUGCACCUAUUGCAACAAAAGCACACGUGACAUCGGCGAAUUUAUAUGCCACAUAAAAAUCAAACAUUUGGGUGGCUUUGCGGAUGAUGGUGGUGAUGAAACAGACGAUGGUGGAGAGUACGAGGGAAAUCAACCAAAUUUCUAUGAGCAGGAUCAAGAUUAUUUGGAUUGCGGCAGCUAUCUGGAUGUGAACGUACACACAGAGUCCGAAGACUACAGUUUAAAUGGCCAAGAUCACUCGUCUUCAUACCGACAUUUAAGCACUCAUAAUCUAACACAAAGACUACCGGUGAUCGCUGCGGCAGUCUCAAAGCAAGAAGAAGUAAAAAGACAAGCUGAUUUUAACAAAAAAAGGAAACUUAAUAGUGCCGAAGAUGACACUUUGGACGGCGAAAAUGAAUACUCUUUUGGCACUGCUAAAGAAUCUGCCGCACAAUGGCGUGCCGAUCCAGCCAAUUUCCAAUCAUACGCAAAUAAAUACACUUUAAAAACCUCCACCCCAGAUGCUAACAUGAAAAACAAUGCCAUAGCAAAUGGCAGCGCUGCUUUUGACGCUACCGACUACACUUCGAAUAAGGACGAUUUUGAUGCAGCCGGCGCCUAUGAAAACGACGAUGAAGAAGACUUUGAUAAUCAAUUGCUGAUUGCGCCCACUGACUCAUUAGAUGCGAGCAUACUGGGUGCCACCCAAGAUGGUAGUGGCGGUGAAAUGAAAGCUAAGCGUCGCCAAAUACGCGGUACCGCCUACUGUGCCCUGUGCAACAAAACCUUCCAAUACUACUCACUGUAUCGCAAUCAUAUGAUUAAGCAUUCUAAUGAGACACCGUUUAAGUGUCCUAUUUGCAAAAAAGGAUUUAAGUCAAAGCAGGCCAUACGCUAUCAUAUGAAUACACAUCAGAAAGAGAAGCAAUUCAAAUGCACCGUCUGCAGUGCAUCGUAUGGCACUGAGAACCACUUCAUCUCCCAUAUUAUGACUCAUGAAAGCGCAACUGCAUUUCCAUGCAUGGUUUGCGGUCAGGUACUAAGCAGCAGUAAGGAGCGCGAUAUUCAUAUAGCUAACCAUAAGGAGGAGCGACCAUUUCGUUGCGACUACUGCAACAAACUCUUCCGUUUACGCCACCAUUUAUCCAACCAUUUGAAGAUGCACCGCAAAUACCGUUGCGAUUAUUGCAAGGAGAUAUUCACCAGCGCUAUUUACUUGCGUAAACCUUACGCUUGUCCAGGGUGUGAAAGUUCACCCGAUGCGCAGCAAGAUGCAGCAAAUGCUGCAAGUUUAAAAGCUGCACGUCUUGCUGGCAGCAAAAACGUAAACCCAUUGGAAAUUUUCGAAACGGUCAUACCAGGACAACAACAACAUGGUGAUGACUACGCACAGAUGGUAACCGACUCGGAAGGUGAUGGGGAAGUUGAUGAGGACGACGAUGAGGGCGAGGACGACGAUGAUGAUGAAAACGAUAAUGAACAACAAGACUCACCUAUGAAUGAAGAUGGCGAUGAAAACGAAGAAAGAUCACUAAAAGACGCUGAGCAAGAAGAUGUGGAUGAUGACGAAGAUAAUGCUGAGGAUGAUGAAGGAGAAUAUGAGGAAGGAGGCGCGGGUGGUAGUGGCGACCGAGCUAUUGGCCAAUAUGGUGGCGGUAUGAAGCGUUAUGUAUGCAAGUAUUGCCCGCGCAGCUAUUCGCACCCAAGCGGGCUAAACUACCACAUAAGGCAUAAACACUGCUAGUAAAAGAGCACAAAUAAGAAGGCAAAUUACAGAUGAAGGAGCUAUAGGGAGGGCAUAUAAUUAUUUAUAAGAGAAGAGAUUUUUUUCCAACUUAUGCACUGACAAAAACAAAAUAUGUAGUUAUAGAAAAGAAAAGCCGAGCGCAAAAAAUGUUUAAAAUAGCUGAUUGUAUACUAUGUAAGAGAUUUAUUACUUUUAAGCAUAAAUAUUAUAAAUACAUAUAUUCUUUUAAUAUUUCUAUUAUUGUCAGGUGACUACAGACUUAAAAUGCUAGCGCAUGCCGGUACAAAUACAAAACAGUCUUUCCUAAUAACAUCUAGUCUAACCUUAAACCAUUAUUUUGUACCCACACAGGUAGAUAUAAACCUUGCAUUACGGUGGACUAUUGUAUGAUACCUCUAAGUUGUGCAAUUGUUAUUAUGGGUAGCAGCGAUUUAAUUAGGUAAUUAGUGAAAACAUGUGGGACUCAUUCUAUAGCAUCGUUCUGGUUGUUACCAUGGCAAAAAAAAAUUCGAUUCGUUUAUUAAUGAAAAUGCUGUCGUAAUGCGAUCGUCAUUGCAAAAGUUUUCCCCCAAUGGGCGUGUCUGGCAAUCUGCUUAAUUCACGUCCAUGUAGGAGUGUCACAUACACGAGAUUGUAGCGGCAGCGAUAGCUACGUUAGUAAAUACCAAAGCAUAUAUCUUGGUAAAAAUUAAAUACUCAAAUGUAUGUAUGUAACUUCUGUUUCUUAAAAAAAAAAUAGCAGAUUUUACUUUCACGUUCCUUGCAUACAACUAUUGGUACCCAAAAAUUUUUUUUUACAUAUUAACUGAAAUUUAUACACACACGUGUACAUUAUCUUCAUUAUUUUAGGUAUAGUAAACAGUAUUCUUCCGAGUAAGCCAUCACAUCCAUCUUGAAUCCGACCGAAAUGUAUUAGAACUGAUGUUUGUGAAAAUUAAAGAAAAAAUACUAACACGCAUACAUAUGGACGUACAUUUUUUCUCAAAGCAUAUUAAUUUUUAUAAAACAUACCGAUAAGGCUUGAAUAGGCCUUGAAAACUAUAUUUAUGUACAUACGUGCAUUAAAAAAAUAGAGUUAUCAAAAUUAUUGAAGGUUAUAGGGAACAAAUUUCCGAAAAAUCAGUGACUGGCCCAAUGUUUUUGUAUUACAUACAUAUGUAUGUACAUAUAUCAUCAAGUAGUCAGUCAUCUAGUGUUUAUAAAAGAUAAAACACCAAUCUGUUUUAUUUAUUUUUUUGUAAUACAUACAUAUGUUAAAGAUUUCAAAUCUCAUUUGAAUUUUAGAGCAAUAUUGUUCUAAAUUUGCUAGCGCUAAAAAUCUCAUUUCUCACAUAAAAAGCUCUUAUUUUUGAUGUUUAAGUUAUUAUUUUUUAUAUUUUAUUUAUUUUAUUUUUUUGUUACACUUAAGUCCACGAAUAUACAUGCAUACAUACUAAGUACAGCUUUGAAAUUAAUAUGAAUAUGAACAGCUUUUUUACGAUUAUAGUGAGUUUAAGUGAAUUAUUAAUGUAAUAAAAAGGCAAUUUUCAUUAUGAGUUACUCUUAGAAUAGCAACAAAAAUAUGAAUGCUGCUAAAUUUAUUUAAGGCAAUUACGCGGAAAAAAUAUAAAUGGCAAAACAUAAACGUUUUCCAAUAAAAGACAAAAGAAAAAACUAGCAAAGCAAAAUUUUUGUAAAACUAGUUAUUUACGUUAUUAUAUUUUGGUAUCUAUCCAAAGAUUCUUUACAACUUCACUGCGCCUAAAACACAUGUAAAAUUGCUAGGCGAAGACUUUGUAACGCUGAAAUUAAAUUUAAAUUUACUUUAUACAAUUGUAUUUACAAGCGAAAUUAACUGUCCAUACAAAUCUUGUCGUUCGAUACAUGUAUGUAUGCAGAAACAAUUAGGUAUAUUUAAUGCUUCAUUUAAAAUUAUUUUCAUUUUUACAACUAUAUCGUCAAUGAUCAAGCAAACACCAAAAGCGAGCAUUAUACGAACAUUCAGCUUUCUGCUAAAUCAUGUUAAUAGCUACUAUGAAUAUUAAAAAAAUAUAAAUACAUAUAUGAAAAUAUUAAAUGAGGUUUACUAAACAAAGCUCAUACAGUGGUGGAAAAAUAAAUAGCGACGCGACAUUUUAACAAGUUUUGCCUAUUUUUCUUUU